GGGAUUGGACAGUCCUUUUUCGAAUUUUGCUUUAUUUCUUCUUAAUCAAAUUUUUUUUUUUUUUUCCUCUUUUUUGAUUAGGAAACUGUUCAAUAUUGGAUCUGUCCGAUCCUUCCCACCUGUCUGCCGCCUACCUGUUCCUCCCCCUCCAGUCCAGGUUACUGGGCCAGUCCAUCAGAUUGGCCCUCGGGUGACUCUUCAGACUUCGGGCAGGUCAGUGCAUGCCACCACUCACUCGAUCACAGACCAAGGCCAAGGACCGGAAGGCGGGAGAAUCUCUCCUGGCCUAUGAGGAACGCCUGGCUGCUUUCAUCCAGGAGGCCACCGAUAGGGCCGCCGCCGCGGCCAAGGAGCGCAGUCAGAUCGAACAAGCGGAGGAGGCCAAGCGACAGAAGGAGGAACAGGACCGACUUCGUCAAGAGGAGGCAGACCUGCAGGCGGCAGCCGAACACCGGUCACGCCAGCGGGAACGACUGUUCACACGGGAGACCGUGAUCAUCGAUGAGACCGCACAUUGGGUGGAGACGCAGGUCCAGGCUGCUGCCACCGUAACGCCCGCGGCCUCAUCCUCCCGGCGCCCACCCAAGCUGGAUGACAUUCCCAUCUUCUGCGAUCAGUCCAAGACGGAACCGAUCCCGUGGUGGCGCCAGUUCACUCUCAGGAUCGACAUGCACCAUGUCCCGAACAACGAUCGACAUCCGUGCUUGUACCACCGAUCUGGUGGUGCAUGUCAAGCAUGGCUGGACAACAUCUUGACCAGCCACGGCGUAGCAGUGUACCUCSAAGAUGGAGCUGGAGCGAUGGCGCCACAGGUCGCCGGCGCGGAUGGGACAUGGCACGCGAUGCCUGUUGGCUUGCUGCUGCAUGCGGACUUGAGCCUUUUGCAUGUUCGCGCGGGCUUGAGCCAGCAAUUCCCUGUACUUCCGGACGAAAGCGGGAGAGCAAGCGGCAUCGAUGUCGGCUGGUCGUGGGAGGAGAAGAUCAGCGAAGAUACGGCCUUUCCGUCCACUGUGGUGCAACUUGAAUGGAGUCACGCCGAUCGUCGGGUGCACCGAAGUGUUGUAGGCGAGCUCGAUGUCGGGGAGGCGGUCAACCCAAUCUUUCUGGUCCGGACGGAUGAGUGUACGAAACAUCAUUUGAGCGGUCUGAUGUGCUCGCUUCGUCUGCCCGUCUGUCUGUGGAUGCCGAGCCGAACUUGGCUUCAUCUUCGUGCCGGACUCCUGCAUGAGUGCAGUCCAAAAUGUCGACAUGAAGCGGGUGUCGCGGUCGCAGACUAUGUCUUCCGGUACACCAUGGCCGCAAAUCCAGUCGGUGUGGAGGAGGCGUGCCAGCUCGGGAGCCGUGGAGUAGUACUUGCAAGGGAGAAAACGCGUGUACUUACUCAAUCGGUCCACGACCGUGAGGAUGUCGUCGUGUCCGAGGCGGUCGCGGGGGAAUGGUCCGGUGACAUCCAUGGCAAUGGAGAGACCGGGUUCCUGCGGGAUCGGCAUCGGGCGUAGCUCGCCAUAGGGGUUGCGGUUGCGGGGUUUGCUUCGUCGGCAAACUUCGCAAGAGUCGCAAUACCUCG